AUGACCGGAAAAAAGAUCCUCAUCAUCCUCACCGACGCCAAAUCCUUCCCCUUGAAGAAAACCUCCGGCCCCGACGCCGGCAAAACAGUCGAACAGCCAUCUGGCUUCUUCCUCAUGGAGCUCGCCAAACCUCUCGAGAAAAUCCUGGCUGCAGGCUAUGAGGUAACCUUCGCCUCACCUAAGGGCCUCGAACCCACUCCGGACCCGCUCAGCGAAUCCCUCGCCGCCUUCGCAGGCAACUUCUACGAACGCCGGCGUGAGAACGACCUUAUCGACCGCAUGAAGCGCGAGAACGGGUUUAGUCGCCCCAGACCGCUCGGCACCAUUAGCGACGCGGAGCUGGAUUCCUUCGCGGGGGUGUUCAUCCCCGGAGGCCAUGCGCCGUUGUCGGAUCUAGGUAGCGAUAAGGAGGUGGGUCGGGUGCUGCGGCAUUUCCACGCGAAGAAAAAACCCACCGCCUCGAUUUGUCAUGGCCCGAUUGCGUUUCUGAGUACGAAGCAGGCGGGGGAUGGGUCAUUUAUUUACAAGGGGUAUAAGAUCACGUGCUGGAGUGAUGCGGAGGAGAAGGUCAUGGAGACUAUGUUCGGUGGGGAGGUCAAGAAAGUGGAGUCAUCCCUGCGCAAUGAAGGCGCUGAGAUGGUCGAAGGGCCUAGGGAGAAGGUUGGGAAUAUCACUGUUGACCGUGAGUUGGUGACAGGGGGCAAUCCUCUGGCGGCGAAUGCGUUAGGGGAUCAAUUUUUGAAGAUGCUUAGUGUUCAUUGA